UUAAGGUCGGUGGUUUUCACGAAGUUAAAACAAAAACUAGACGGAAGCUGAGAACAAAGAAAGAGAAGCCGAGAAGCCAUGAAUGCCCCAGACCGAUACGAGCGAUUCGUCGUCCCCGAAGGAACCAAAAAGGUUUCGUACGAGAGAGACACGAAGAUAAUCAAUGCGGCAUCUUUCACGAUUGAGAGAGAGGACCACACCAUUGGCAACAUUGUUCGCAUGCAAUUACACAGGGACGAGAAUGUUCUCUUCGCUGGUUACAAGCUUCCUCACCCUCUCAAGUACAAGAUCAUUGUUAGGAUACACACAACCAGCCAGUCUUCACCGAUGCAGGCGUAUAACCAGUCCAUCAAUGACCUGGACAAAGAACUUGAUCAUCUGAAGAAUGCAGUUGAGGCUGAGAUAGCAAAGUUUUCAAGGGAUUAUUAGAGUGCUAAGCACCAAGGAGGCAGGCCAUUGUUUGAUGAUGAAUGCUUUGUUGUUUGGUGGAAACCAAAAGUGGGUAGUCGCUUGUCGAGACCUUCCUUAAAUCUUUGAUGGUUGUAACGGCAUAGCAUAUUGUAAUUACAACGAUGAAUGCAAAUUUGUUUGAUGUUAAUUUGGCAUUCUACUGUGAUAUGACUUCUGGGAUUGUUCGAAUUACAAUGUCUUCAUGGCAUUUUGUAGUAAUGUGCUCCUUUUAAUAAGUUCUCUUGAUUCUAGAUUUACAGCA